CUGACUGAGUACCUCAUGACGAUCCUCACCGAGCUGGGCUACAGCUUCACCACCACGGCAGAGCAGGAGAUUGCGUGCGACACCAAGGAGAAGCUGUGCUGCAUCACCCUAGACUUUGAGUGGGAGAUGGCCACGGCGGCCUCCAGCUCCUCCCUGGAGAAGAGCUACCAGCUGCCCCAUUGCCAGGUCAUUACCAUCGGCAACCAGCGUUUCCGCUGCCCCGAGGUGCUCUUCCAGGCUUCCUUCCUGGGCAUGGAAUCCUGUGGCAUUCAUGAAACUACCUUCGACUCCAUCAUGAAGUGUGACGUGGACAUCCAUAAAGACCUGUAUGCCAACUCAGUGCUGUCUGGUGGUACCACCAUGUACCCUGGCAACCCUGACAGGAUGCAGAAAGAGAUAACUGCCCUGGCGCCCAGCACGAUGAAGAUCAAGAUCAUUGCUCCUCCCAAGCUCAAAUACUCUGUGUGGAUGGGCUGCAUCCUGGCCUGGCUGUCCACCUUCCAACAGCAGAUAUGGACCAGCAAGCAGGGGUAUGACAAGCCAGCCCCUCCAUCCUCCAAAUGA